UCAGCUGACUGUAACAGAAAGAGAAACGCAAUAUGUUGCUCUGUAUGUGCCUGAUUGCACCGUCGUAGAAUAAGUAUUUGUGAAAUUAUGUUCACAAUGACGGCGGAUGAUAUAAAUCCAAGCAACAAAAGUGAAUUAAAUGGCUCACAGAGACCAUCCGAGCAUAAGUUUGCCAAUGGGGAUAACGAGAGUUCGGAGAAAAGGGAUAUCAUUGUUCCAGACAGUGACACCGACACUGAAGACAAUGUAAGUACUUCAACAACUACAACAACAAGUUCAGGGGUGAAUAAGGCUCGCCGCAAAACAAAAUCACCGAAGAUAGUUAAGCCUUCCUUUAAAUACGUGUGUCAUCUACGGGAAGAUCAUGGCCAGCCUUUGUUUGGUGUUCAAUUCAAUCACCAUUUUAGUCAGCAAGCUAUUUUUGCAUCAGUGGGAAAAGACAGAAUUUCCAUUUAUGAGUGCCACUCCGAUGUCACAGACGAUGGUGGGAUAAAAUUAUUGCAAAGCUAUGCAGAUCCAGAUCCCGAUGAGAAUUUCUAUACAUGUGCAUGGUCCUAUGACCUUGAAACAUCGGAACCUAUUUUAGCGGCAGCUGGAUAUCGUGGUGUAAUUCGCCUCUUUAACAUCUCCACAAAUACUAGUAACAAGCAUUUCAUUGGUCAUGGUCAUGCCAUAAAUGAAUUGAAAUUCCAUCCUAAAUUGCCACAAAUUCUUUUGUCGGGAAGCAAAGAUCAUUCAUUACGCUUGUGGAAUAUAUGUUCCGAAGUUUGUGUAGCCAUAUUUGGUGGCGUAGAAGGACAUCGCGAUGAAGUCUUGUCAUUAGAUUUUGAUUUGAAAGGGGAUCGAAUUAUGUCCAGCGGUAUGGACCAUUCUCUUAAACUUUGGUGUUUGAAUAAACCAGCUAUACGAGAGGCUAUCAACAACAGUUUCCAGUUCAAUGUUGGCAAAAAUGCAUCGCCCUAUCCUACGAUUAAAGAGCAUUUUCCAGACUUUUCUACUAGAGACAUUCACCGCAAUUAUGUCGAUUGUGUUGUGUGGUUUGGAGAUUUCGUACUUUCGAAAUCUUGUGAGAAUUCCAUAGUGUGCUGGAAGCCGGGUAAAUUGGACCAAUUGGAAAUAAGACCCCAUGAAACUUCAACGACAAUAAUUCAUCACUUUGAUUAUAAAGAAUGUGAAAUUUGGUUCAUUAGAUUUGCGUUCAACAUUUGGCACAAAAUAUUGGCUCUUGGAAAUCAACAAGGAAAAACCUAUGUAUGGGAGUUGGAUAGCUCUGAUCCCAAUAUGACAAAGUGUAGUAAAUUGGUUCACCCGAAGUGUACAACAGCCAUUAGACAGACUACAUUUUCUAAGGAUGGUUCCAUAUUGAUAUGUGUAUGCGAUGAUGGAACAAUAUGGCGUUGGGAUAGAGGACAAUGAAAUUCACCGCAUGGGGAAAAUUCGUAUAUUUGAGACUUAGCAUUGUAAGAUAUGCGAAUAGACUAUGCCAUUCUACUUUAAAUUAUGAAGAAGAAAUUUUGCCAUAAAGAAUAGAAACAUUA